CUGGGUGAGUGCUCAAUUUGAUGGCUGCGUCAUGACCGAUGAUCUCCUUGCAUUGUUGUUGAGGAGAAGUCUUAACAGUUCAGCGAUGGAGGGCUUUCCACCACCGAUUUAUAUGGCGCAAGUCAAUGCGAAGACCAAAGUUGACGAGAAAGUGGAUUACUCAAACCUCCCUUGCCCUAUUAUCUAUGAGGAAGUCCACCGUGAAGCAUACAUGGCUUUAAAGCCAGAACUAUUUGAGGGUUUCCGCUUCGAUUAUAACAAGAUGCUGAACAACAAGUUUUUUCUCAGCCAUAGCUUGUUGAUGGGACCAACUGAGGUUCCUACUCGAUCAUCUGAAAUCAUCAAAAUCCCAACUGCCAAUUAUGAAUUUGGUGCUAACUUCGUUGACCCAAGGCUGUUUCUUGUCGGAGGGAUCAUGAUGGAUGGUAGACUCAAUGUGAAAGGCAAGUGUGAUUUAACUGAUAAUUUUUCCAUCAAGGCUAACGCUCAGCUGACUAAUGAAGAACCCAUGCCACAAGGCGCCUUCUCCUUUGAUUACAAGGGGUCAGACUACAGAACUCAACUUCAGAUUGGAAAUGGUUCCUUCUAUGGAGCUAACUACAUUCAGCAUGUGACACCACGCCUAUCUUUGGGUGCUGAAGUUUUCUGGGUUGGUCAGCAACGGCAGUCGGGUGUUGGUUAUGUAGCUCGUUACGAGACUGAUAAAAUGGUUGCCUCUGGGCAAGUUGCUUCCAAUGGAUUGGCUGUCAUGAACUAUGUUCAGAAGGUUUCAGAGAAGGUGUCACUUGCAACGGAUUUCAUAUACAAUUUUGUGUCAAGAGAUGUCACAGCAAGUGUUGGGUAUGACUACCUUCUUAGACAGUGUCGAUUAAGAGGAAAGAUCGAUUCUAAAGGAGUUACUGCUGCUUACCUCGAAGAACAUUUGUCUAUUGGACUCAAACUUCUUCUAUCGGCAGAGGUGGAUCAUGUGAAGAAGGAUUACAAGUUUGGUUUCGGUGUUAAUGCCGGUUAAUUCCGUACCAAAAAAAAAAACCUUGCGAUCGAGAGUCAAAAAUCAAAAUCCUGAAGAUCCGGUUUAUUACUUUUUUUGGCUCCCUAGAAAAGAACAUAGGCGGAAAAGUUUUUGUCACUGCGGAGGAGGUUAUUAAUUAGUGGCUCAACUUCAUUUAUAUUUUUGGGAGGAUUAUAAAAAUAAUUUAGAUUUUGAAUAGGAAAAAAACUAGAUUGUUAUGGUAGGACUUGAAGUUCAUUUGAGGAAAUUUUGAUAUUUGUUACAAUUACAAACUGGUGAAACUAUGACCUUAGGAAUUUAUGGUCCUGCCGGGAUUGGUUAAA